AGUUGAAGUCGAUGAAAGGUCUGCUUUCCCCUCGAGCAUAUCUGCUCGCCGGCCCCAGAACCGUGACACAAAACCCUAAACACCUCCUCUCCUCUGCUCAUGGCGCCGCCGCCGCCGCCGAAACAGCUUGUGCUGGCUGCGUCCUCCGCGGACGCCGGCGUGGCCGCCUGGGACCUCCGCACCGGCGCGGAGGAAAUCCGCCACCGCCCCUGCGCCUCCCGCCCUCGCGCGCUCGCCUCGGUCGCAGACCGCUUCCUCGCCGCUGCACAGGCUCCUCCCGCUGGCGGCAACCCCGGCACCGUCCACUUCUACCACUGGGACAAGCCACAGGUGGCCGUCAAGAGCUUCCCCGCUGAGCCGAUACGCGCGCUUCUUGCGGACCAGGAGGGGAGCUACCUCAUUGGCGGUGGCAGCAACGGCAACUUAUUCCUUUGGGAGGUGGCUAGUGGAGAGCUUCUCCACAGAUGGCAUGCACACUAUCGUGCUGUUAGGUGCCUCGCGCUUUAUGACUAUCUGCUUGUCUCAGGAUCAGAAGAUGGAAGCAUCAAAGUUUGGGAUCUGAUCACGGUGCUUGAUGAGCAGUCAAGGUUGGAAGCUCAGACACCAUACCUCUACAGUUUCAAUCAGCAUGCACUGCCUGUAACUGAUAUUGCUUGUUUCCUUGGAACAAUUGUUGUAUCUUCUUCAGAAGAUCGAACCUGCAAAAUCUGGAGUUUAUCUGAGGGUAGGAUGCUAAGAAGCAUUCCAUUCCCUACUAGCAUUGAUUCUGUAGCACUAGACCCAAGAAGUCAUGUUUUCUAUGCUGGUGGUAGAGAUGGAAAGAUAUAUGUUACUGCUAUGGGUGUUGAUAUCAGUUCUCAUGGUAGUGAUGAGUCAUCUAUUCUUGGUGCUUUGGAUGACCAAAGCAAGGCAGUAACAAGCUUGGCAUCAAGCACAGAUGGACGUUUACUAGUUUCUGGAUCUGAGGAUGGUAAUGUUCGGGUGUGGGAUACUAGAAGUCAGCAAGUAACCCGAAAAUUCAAACACUCCCAAGGUCCAGUAACCAAUGUUCUGAUAGUAACGCCAAAACGAGUAAUCCUGCCCCCACUACACCCAUUGCGUAAAGUUUGCUCAGCAAAUGGUGAAGUUGAACCACGUGCUGUAAUUCUGCCUCGGCCUGAAAAUGACGUUCCUAUUCAUGGAAAUCGAACCACAAUUUUUAUGGAGCACUACUUGGGCGAACUUCAGUAUGGUGGCAUGUCCAUGCUAUUUGAUCCUGGUCUGCACACUCAGAAUUGCACACCGAACCAACAAGGGACAGAAUGGAGAGAUAGAUACUUGGAGCUGCAGGAUCUCUUUGUGCAUGAGGUCCUCGAUCAGAUGCCGUCCUCUAGGAACCCAUGAUACCCUGCAAUUGCAACCGGAUGCACUUUUGCAACUGAGAUGACCAUGGAUUUUUUUUUCCAAACACGUAGCACAGGACCAAAGUGGUUGCUAUUCAAUUUCAAAAGCAUGAAGUUCAUGGAUGUCAAUCCCACAGAUGAAUCUGGUAGUUGUGGGUGUAAUUUUACUGUGACCAAUGAAUUGUUGAGAUGUGGCUGAUUAUUAGAACAGUAUCAGGAAUAUAAGAAUAUCAUAAAAUGGUGCAAAGAUAGGCCAAAUCUGCGAGUUAUCCUACAAGGGUGGAUAUAGAUUAAGACAGAUCUGAAGGAGUGUAAUAUGAUGCGGUACUGAAUCACUGAGAGCUGUUAGCACUUGGACUACAUCCAUGGAACUAUCGCAUUGUACAUCCCAAAUCCAGUAGAACAAAGUAAAUCGGCCAGCCUAGCGCAAAUACUGGUACAUGAGUGCCCAUGUUUACCUACGGUACCAAAUUACCAAACUAAAGUAUGGCAUGUUUGAACAAUUUUAGUGACCAUUUGAUAUACCAAGUUUUUGCAUGGUA